AUGGCUUCCGCUACUCGUCAAUUUGCCCGCGUGGCAACCCGAACCGCUGCCCGUAACGCCUUUGCCGUCGCUCCUCGCCAGGCUUUUCGCCAGCAGGGUCGCCGGUGGUACUCCUCUGAGCCUGCUCCUCAGAAGGGGUCUUCCACCUGGUUGUACCUGACUGGUGCUGCCGCCGCGGGUGGUCUCGGAUUCUGGUACUACACUGCUUCUGGCUCCCCUUCCGCCGCCUCCAGCAAAAUCGUCAAUCCCACCAAGGAGGACUACCAGAAGGUCUAUGACGAGAUUGCCAGCCGCCUCGAAGAAAAGGACGACUAUGAUGACGGUAGCUUCGGUCCUGUGCUGCUCCGUCUCGCUUGGCACGCCAGCGGUACCUUUGAUAAGGAAACCGGCACUGGUGGUAGCAACGGUGCCACUAUGCGCUUUGCCCCCGAGUCUGACCACGGUGCCAAUGCUGGUCUGGUUGCUGCUCGCAACUUCCUAGAGCCUGUCAAGGCCAAAUUCCCCUGGAUAACCCACUCUGAUCUCUGGAUCCUCGGCGGUGUCUGCGCCGUCCAGGAGAUGCAGGGUCCCUACAUCCCCUACCGCCCUGGCCGUUCUGACCGUGAUGUCUCUGCCUGCACUCCUGACGGUCGUCUCCCCGAUGCCACCCAGGGCUCCGACCACCUCCGCAACAUUUUCUACCGUAUGGGCUUCAACGACCAAGAGAUUGUUGCCCUCUCUGGCGCCCACGCCCUCGGCCGCUGCCACACUGACCGCUCUGGAUUCUCUGGUCCCUGGACUUUCUCUCCUACCAUCCUGACCAACGAUUUCUACCGUCUGCUAGUUGAGGAGAAGUGGCAGUGGAAGAAGUGGAACGGGCCCAAGCAGUACGAGGACAAGACCACCCAGACCCUCAUGAUGCUUCCCACCGACAUGGUCCUCGUCCAGGACAAGAAGUUCAAGCCCUGGACCGAAAAGUAUGCCAAGGACAACGACUUGUUCUUCAAGGACUUCUCCGCCGUUGUUACCAAGCUGUUUGAGCUGGGUGUUCCCUUUGCCGAAGGCACCGAGAACCAGCGAUGGAACAUGAAGCCCACUUGGGACGAGUCCAAAUAA